AUGAUCGAUGCAAUUGGUCAAUAUGGGAUUGGCAUGAAAGCACCUAGCUACCAUGAGGUCCAUGUCUCCUUGCUUAAUAAAGAAAUGGAGGAUGGCAAAAAGAUACUACAAUCCUAUGAAAAAGAAUGGGCACAUUAUGGUUGCUCUAUAAUGGCUGAUGGUUGGACAAACAAGAGGAAUAGGACAUUGAUAAAUUUUUUGGUGAAUUCUCCAAAAGGAACUGUGUUCUUAGAAUCUAUUGAUGCUUCGGGUUAUGCAAAAACUGGAGAAAAAAUGUUUGAGUUGCUUGAUCGCAUGGUUCAACGUGUUGGAGAGAAAAAUGUCAUACAAGUAGUUACUGAUAGCGCAUCUGUUAAUGUCUUCGCAGGUAAGCGCUUGGAAGAAAAAUAUAAGAAUUUGUUUUGGACUCCUUGUGCCGCACAUUGUUUGGAUUUGAUUUUGGAAGAUAUUGGUAAGAUGCCAAAUGUGAAAAGAACUGUACAAAGAGCAAUCAGCUUAAACUUCUUCAUUUAUGUUCAACCGGGCAUGGUUAAUAUGUUGAGGAGUUUUACCGGUCAAAGAGAACUUGUUAGGCCGGGUGUUACAAGGUUUGCCACGACAUUUCUCACACUUCAACGAAUCCAUAAAUUGAAGAAUUGUUUGAGGAAAAUGUUUACUUCUGAAGAAUGGGAAAAGAGUAAGCGGUCAAAGGAAAUUUGCCGGGAAAAAAGCACAAGCUAG